GAAGUGAAUUGAAGCUAGCUAGCUAGAGCUAGUUAAUUGGCGUUCCUGUACGUUGUUGCCGGAUCGUAGUACAUAGUUGGGGUUCUUGGUAAUGGCUUCAUCCAGUGGCGGCGGUGUGCCUCCAGGGUUCCGAUUCCACCCAACGGACGAAGAGCUGCUUCACUACUACUUGAAGAAGAAGGUAUCGUUUCAGAAGUUUGAUAUGGAGGUCAUUAGAGAGGUGGACUUGAAUAAGAUGGAGCCUUGGGACUUGCAAGAGAGAUGUAAGAUUGGGUCAACACCACAAAACGAGUGGUACUUCUUCAGUCACAAGGACAGGAAGUAUCCAACAGGAUCAAGGACGAAUAGAGCGACAAAUUCUGGCUUCUGGAAGGCAACAGGGAGGGACAAGUGCAUUAGAAACAGCCAUAAGAAGAUAGGUAUGAGGAAAACGCUUGUUUUCUACAGAGGUAGAGCUCCCCACGGCCAGAAGACUGACUGGAUCAUGCAUGAAUAUCGACUUGAAGACAGUGAUGAUCCUCAAGGAAACGCCAGUACUGAAGAUGGUUGGGUGGUUUGCAGGGUGUUCAAGAAGAAGAAUCUAUUCAAGGUUAAUGGGAAUGACGGAGGCUCUGGCAUGAACUCGGGUCAACAGCUCAACAACACGUUGAACACCAAUCAGCCACGCACCUUCCUGCACAGAGAGAACCAAUAUCUGCCACGUCAACAACACAACAGCGGUAACCAACCAAUCUUUGAGCCUGAACUAGCACUCCAUCAAUACUCCCACAUGCCAUCCUCUCACUACUCGCUUUUCCAAUCCCAACCCCUUCUUCCUACCCACAAGCCCCUCGGCUAUGACUACUCGAGCCUCCCUUCGGAGACACCUAUCAUGGUCAAGCAGCUCAUGACAAACCCUAGAGAUUGUGAGAGUGGCAGUGACAGCCUCCGGUACCAAGCUUGUGAGCAGGGUUUAGAGGUGGGCACGUGUCAGCCGGCUCCACAAUUGGUAACAGGAAGAGAUCAUGAGGGCAUGAAUGAAUGGGCUAUGCUCGACCGGCUUGUCACUUCUCAUAUUGGAAAUCAUGAUCAAGAAUCGUCCAAAGAGGCCGUGAGGUUCGAGGAGGAUCCAAACACAUCUUCUGCACCCCAAAUUAAUCAGCUUUCAUUGCGAGGAGAGAUGGACUUUUGGGGCUAUGAGAAAUAGCAGAGAACAGCUGGAAAUAUUGGAGUUAACCAUACAAUUACAUGGCUCUAAUUAGCCAUGCGAAAACUUGAAAAACAGAACGCUUAAGUUGAUGGUAAUUAUA